AUGCUAAGCGCUGUUAAAAUGGAAGGACACGAGCAUUCAGACUGGAGCGCUUACUACGGAGAGCCCGAGGUGGGUAGAGUUUAUAUAUGUAUUUUGCUGCCUAUACAACUCAAUAUUAGCCUUGAGAUAAUAUUAACUUUCUGAUCAAAUAUUGACUUGAGGCACCUACAAAUCCUCCCGGAUCUCUCCCCCAUUGGGCACAGACAUCAAUUCAACGUCUAUUCGAAGUUGGCUCAACGUAGCCUAAUUUCAUUGAAAUGAUAUGGAAACAACGUUGUGUGCCCAGUAGGUCUUUUUUUGAUAUCCUGACCAAUUUCUAGUGAGGAUGGAAAGAACAUUUACGAAAUAUAUUACUUGAAUAGGCUAUUUAAUAUUUAGAAAAUCGAAUUGAAUCUGAAAUGUAUUUCUAAUGAUUUAAUCGUAAUAGCUAAUUUUCAUUUUGACUAUCGAAUUAUUACGGUGAACACAAUGAUCCGUUCGCCUCAUUAGGUUAUUCGCUGACCCACUGUUUCCCCUUUUCAAUAGUUUUCGUUUUGCCAUGUAAUCAGACUUGGAAUAAAUAACUUUAGAAUAUUCUUUAGGAUGUAUAUGCACUUCACUGCUUGAACGUAAUUGUGACGUUACAUCUUAUAGCCUAAAAUCUGAUAUUUAGCCGACUGAAAAAUACAUUUUUAUCUAAGUGACAACGAAUUUAUGUAGGCCUAAUUAUUUCGUUGCCAUUUUACUAGAAGUCGUUAUUUCACAUUGUUAAAGCUAGUAUUGACCUUGUGCACUCUUUUCAGUGCUACACCUCAGUUGGAAACAUGACACAACACACCGGGCUGGGAAUGAACUCGAUGAGCACCUAUAUGAGCAUUCCUGGAAUGACUUCAACCAGCAACAUGACAAGCAGUCCUAUGAACAUGUCAUACGUCAACACGGGUGUGAACCACUCCAUGGCCGGGAUGUCACCGGGCUCCGGGGCCAUGCACGGUAUGGGAGCAGGGAUGGCGGGCAUGAGCGUGGCGCUGACUCCGAACAUGAGCCCCAUAAGCACCCAGUCUCCAUCGAUGAAUGCCCUGACCUCCUAUAGUAAUAUGAGCGCUAUGAGCCCCAUGUAUGGACAGUCCAACAUAAGGUCAAGGGAACCCAAAACAUACCGGAGAAGCUAUACGCACGCCAAGCCCCCAUAUUCCUACAUUUCUCUCAUCACCAUGGCCUUACAGCAAUCUACCACAAAGAUGCUGACGUUGAAUGAGCUAUACCAGUGGAUCCAGGACCUCUUCCCCUUCUACAGACAGAACCAGCAGCGCUGGCAGAACUCUAUCCGCCACUCUCUAUCCUUCAACGACUGCUUCCUCAAAGUGCCCAGGUCCCCGGAUAAGCCGGGCAAAGGAUCUUUCUGGGCUCUUCACCCGGACUCAGGGAAUAUGUUUGAGAACGGCUGCUAUCUCAGGAGGCAAAAGCGGUUCAGGUGCGAGAAAGACCUCGGCAGGGAAACCGGGAGGAAAACUUCCGAGGGCGGCCCUAACAGCAGCCCAGAGAGCUGUAACAGUAACGAAUCACCCCAUCCUACCCCGUCUGUUAAAGACGUCAAACGGCCCGUUUCUGACCCGAAACCCCGGCAGCAGGUAAUGAGCCCCGCGGAGCACGCGCCCACUCCUGUCCCACAGACACACCAUCUCCCGUCUCAACAACACUCGGUGCUCGUGCACGAAGCGCACCUGAAACCCGAGCACCACUAUUCAUUCAACCACCCUUUCUCCAUCAACAAUCUAAUGUCAUCUGAGCAGCAGCAGCAUCACCACAAAAUGGACCUAAAAACGUAUGAACAGAUGAUGCAGUAUCACGGCUAUAGUUCACCGAUGACAGGGGCACUGUCCAUGGGCUCAAUGUCAACACCCACAGACACUUCUUACUACCAAGGUGUGUAUUCGAGGCCAAUCAUGAACUCGUCUUGA